AUGGGCCGGCGACUUCCAAUUCAGUCACGGGCUAAUCGGUUUCGAAAGCGUUCUAUUUCUUCUCGCGAGGAGUCUAAAACCGACGCUUGCGAGCAAGCGCACGAUGUCGCCACCGAGGUGCGGGAGACGCGAGAGGGAUCGCGGGAUGCUUGGCGCCGGCGUGACGUCUCCCAUUUUCUUUCAACAGAAACGAUCUUCAGAAUGGAAAUGAUUGAAAUUGAUCCGAAGCUUUUUGUAACAUGUAGAUUGUGUUUAGAUAAUAUGGGAGUAUACCAGAUAGUACCUUCAGUACAACAACAAAUAAAAAGUUGUUAUGAUAUUGAGGUUGACCCAUUUGAUGGAUUACCUCAGUUGAUUUGUAAGGAUUGUGAAUCUAUAUUAAGCAAAUAUGUUGAAAUAAAAUACACGUACAUAAAUAAGCAAAGGACAUUGAAGGAAAAAAUACAAGGCAAAACUGUAUCGUCCGUCAGUAAACCAAUAGAAUCUGAGCAAGGCGCUAUACGGAGCAUGCUA